AUGCGAGAUUUUAAAUCUGCAACCGACACGGCGCCUUUAGAGAAUCUUCAUCUCAGAAGAGAAUUUUGCAUUAAUUCUGUGCUACCAUGGUAUUCUUGUAAGAAAAGCGAGUUUCCUAAGAGAAAGCCACGAAAAUUCACUGCUCCGAAGCAGCUGAACAAUUCGGUUCAGAUAAACAAAAGUGUUGGGAAUACGAAAGCUAUUCCAAGUAAGCCCAAGUCUUGGUCUGCUGUUGUGAAAAAGCAUGUUCGAGUGCCUUUUACACAUGGUGGUCCGACCACUGUAGCUACCCCCAGCACAUCAACGGCACCAAUGGAGAAGAAGAAUGCAAAUGCAGCAUUUGCUCAACUAAUUGAUACUUUUCAGCCCGACUUUCAACCAAAAAGUGUUAUUCAGCCUCGUGGGUUUAUAAACACAGGUAACAUUUGUUUUAUGAACUCAAUUUUGCAGGCUUUACUCUUUUGCGUACCUUUCUACAAUUUACUCAAGCUUAUCAACAAAAGCGUUCCCUAUAACUUUGAAAAAUCCACACCCUUAAUUGAAUCUACAACUUUGUUUUCAAAUGAUUUCAAGCAAAAAUGGGACAAGGAUGAGGAACAAGGUGAUUCUAUUUUGCCAGAGGUUGUGUACUCUUCCACCAAAGGAAAUCCCCGCUUUGAUAUUCUUCAAAGCGGAGAACAAGAGGAUGCUGAAGAAUUUCUAAAUCUGUUUUUAAAUGAGCUUCAUGAAGAAUUUUUGAACGAGUACAAGAUCUAUCAUCAGAAGAAAGGACACAAGACUGAUGGAGAAACUGUCAAGGUUAUGAAUGGCAUAACCGAUUCUCUUGAAAGUAAUGAUGAUAAUAGUGGAUGGACAGAGGUUGGGAAAAACAAGAAGCCUGUUAUCGCAAGAUCGGCAACGGUAGAGCGUUCCCCUAUAAGUCAGAUUUUUGGUGGUCAGUUGCGCUCUACAUUGCGUGUUCCCAACCAAAGAGAUUCAGUAACAUUAGAACCGUUUCAACCUUUGCAACUUGACAUCCAAGCUGAUGACAUACUCUCUGUUACCGACGCUUUGGAUAAGAUGACGGAGCCCGAAGUCCUGCCUGAAUGGCCCUCCUCUAAGGGAACUGUCACUGCUACAAAGCAAAUGUACAUAGAAUCCUUACCUCCUGUGCUAAUUUUGCACCUGAAACGCUUUUUCUAUGAUAUGGCUGGAGGUACACAGAAAAAUUAUAAGCCCGUUGCUUACCUGGCGGAUUUGACCAUUCCUCAAAGUGUUUUUAGUCCUUCUAUCCGCGGAACUGUUCCCACUGAGUACAGUUUGAAUGCUGUUGUGUACCAUCAUGGUAUUUCUGCUUCCGGUGGUCAUUAUACUGUGGACGUUAAACAGCAUGACGGAAGUGGUUGGAUUCGUAUUGACGAUACCCAUAUUCAUAAAAUUCAAGUUUCUGAUGUUGAGAUUCCCAAGGCUGCUGUCGAGACCGGCAGCUAUGGCGGUUCAAAUGAUAAAGUGGCAUACUUAUUAUUCUAUACGCGAAAAAAUUAG